CUGGCGGAGCACGCCCGUGCCGCCCUCACGGCGCUCUGUCACUCAUUCGAUACGGACGCGUAAAUAAUUCUAGACACGAACUUUGUCCGCACGAAAAUCUUGAUGAAUUAUUAUCCUUGCAACUUUAUCUCGUGUUCUCGUUUGGAUUCAGUACAACAUUUCAUAUCGGUUAUUUUUGUACGUUGUGAUGUGAUGAGAUGUGAUUAUUAUUUGAGAUUGAUAUUUGUGUAACUUGAAAAUGUGUAACAAUUCUAAGAAGAGGAGAUAUCCUUCAGCCAAAUAUUACAUACCGUCGAAGCUGUAAACAAGAAAAAUGUCUGGCUCGGAAGCGAACGGCGGUGAUGCGAUAGUGGCAUAUUGCGUGCCUGGUGGCCCAAACUUCCAACGAGUCUACGUGAAAGUGCACGGCUAUGUAGCGCUUAUUAUCUGCCUACUAGGCUCCGUCGCCAACUCCGUCAACAUCGCUGUACUUAGUCGCAAGGAAAUGACCUCGACUACUAACUCCAUCCUUACCGCACUCGCCGUCGCAGAUCUUCUGGUCAUGAUAGAUUAUAUACCUCUAGCUCUUCAUGUCUACACGACUAUUGCAGAAGAACUCAAUCGAAAUUCGUACGCUUGGGCAGUUUUCGUAUACUUUCAUUCUAUAUUUAGUCAAACCUUUCACACUAUUUCUAUCUGGCUUACGAUAACAUUAGCGGUUUGGAGAUUCGUUGCUAUUAAAUUCCCCCAGAAAAACAAGACAUUUUGUAACAAAAGAAAUACGAAUAUAGCGAUUGCUGUUGCUUAUGUCGUUUGCCCAAUUGUAUGUCUUCCAAUUUACUUUGCAAUGAAAAUACAGGAAUUACCGAAUAACAAUACUGUCAGAGAUAAUGUGACAAUAAAUGAAACGGACACUGUGAAUGUUUCCGCAGUUGGUGAACCGACGUACGCAAUUUCAAUGACGAAUAAUCAAUACCUAUUGACCUCUAUAUUUUGGAUUUAUAGUGUUUUCUUAAAAUUAAUACCUUGUGUAGUGCUAUCUAUCUUGAGUGUGUGUCUUAUAUUGAAAAUGAAGUCGAGUGAUAGAAGACGGCAAAAAUUGCUGAAAAAGUCUGCUGUUGCUACUAAUGAGGGAGAAAAGACUCGUCUAAAUGAAGAUGGUGGGAAGCGAGGUGGUCGUACAGAUCGCACUACGCGCAUGUUGGUAGCAUUGCUUGGACUGUUUCUGGCUACAGAACUACCGCAGGCUUUGUUUGGUCUGCUUACUGCGAUUGCUCCACAUCUGUUUGGAAUAUGCUACUAUGCAUUUGGCGAGGUGAUGGACCUCAUGGCGUUGGUUGGUUCAGCGGUGAACUUCGUGUUGUACUGUAGUAUGAGCCGUCAGUUCCGUUCCACUUUCACUCGGCUUGCUGGGAAGUUGUUACCACCACUGGUCCACCACGAUAGCGAGCGCAUGACCACUACCACAACGGUUAAGGCGUAGCGAUCGCGGUCCGCAGUCAAUACUACUGCACAACUUUAAAUUUGCAAAUAGUGAAGUGAUUCAAUUCAAAUAACAAAGUUCCUUAAUUUAUUGAAAACGUGAAUUGUGAGUUUCGGUCAAAGUGUUAUUUUAAGGAUCUGUAUAUUUCAAGUGUCUUCAUGCGCUCGAAAUUGUUUUAUUUUCAAGCAAUUUCGUAGGAAAAGGAAUACGAGGGCGAACUUUAACAAUUCAAGU